AUGGCGAGCCCUGCCUGGCUCAGGCUCCCGCGCCUAGAGACAUUGUUCACACGGACGCUUCUGCUCGGCUGGGUCCUUGCCCAGGUGGCGGGUGCUACAGGCACUCCAGUUAGAGCAUAUAAUUUAACUUGGAAAUCAACUAAUUUCAAGACAAUUUUGGAGUGGGAACCCAAACCCGUCAAUUAUGUCUACACUGUUCAGAUAAGUGCUGGAACAGGGGAUUGGAAGGGCAAAUGCUUCUACACGACAGACACAGAAUGUGACCUCACUGAUGAGAUUGUGCAGGAUGUGCAGCAGACAUAUUCUGCAAGGGUCCUUUCCCUCCUGCCACGGGACUUAGAUACCACUGGUUCUGCCAGGGACCCUGUCCUUCAAAAUGCCCCCAAGUUUAUACCUUACCUGGAAACAAAACUUGGACAGCCAACAAUUCAGAGUUUUGAACAAGUUGGGACAAAACUGAAUGUGACAGUACAAGAUGCACGGACAUUAGUCAGAAGGAAUAACACAUUCCUAAGCCUCCGGGAUGUCUUUGGCAAGGACUUAAGUUAUAUACUUUAUUAUUGGAAAGCUGAAAGCACAGGAAAGAAAACAGCCAAAACAGACACUAAUGAGUUUUUGAUUGAUGUGGAUAAAGGAACAGACUACUGUUUCAGUGUUCAAGCUGUGAUCCCAUAUCGAACUACUAACCAGAAGAGUCCAGAAAGCCUUAUCGAGUGUACGAGCCAAGAGAAAAGUGUCUUCAAAGAAAUGUUCUUCAUUGUGGGAGCAGUGGUGUUCGUGGUCAUCAUCAUCAUCAUCAUCCUGUCUCUAUCACUGUAUAAGUGCAGAAAGGCCAGAGGAGGGCAGAAUGGGAAGGAGCACUCGCCACUAAAUGUUGCAUAG